CUAGCCCAGGAGGUAUUUUGGGCAGAGAUUAGUGCUUUCAUGGCAAUUACCAUGAGUAACAUCUCUGCAAAAAUGUUGGAGAGGCUUUGGAGAGGCUGAAGCAUCUCUUUAGACCCAGUCUGAGGGAGACAUGGGCUAUGGCAGCAGCAGCUCCCCAUAAAUAAUUGUGUUUGUUUACAAGAGCCAUUAUCACUCUGCUCCCUCCCCCUGCGCUGCAGCUGAGCGUAAUGAGACACAGGGCUGGAAAUGAGAAGUGGGGUAAUUCAGAGGGGAAAAGGGCAGAGGAAUGGGUGUUGGGUUGGACAGAAAGUUUAAAAAGGGGUGUUUGAAGGUGAUUUUGGUGCUUCAUCAGAAGUUUGGGGCCCUUUGGGUGCCUGCCAGUGCUCCCAGCAGCAUGGACAGCGGUGACACCAUCACUGAGGAGGUGUGCAGGGAGGACGACGUUGGGGAUGGACAGCUCCUGGAGGUGAUGGUGGCCGGGUACCCAGUGCUGCUGGUGAGGAACAGGAGGGAAUUCCGAGCUCUGGGCAGCAAAUGUCCCCACUACGGUGCCCCGCUGAGCAAAGGGGUGUUGAGAGGGGAGAGGCUGCGCUGCCCCUGGCACGGGGCCUGCUUUAACAUCAGGACUGGGGACAUUGAGGAGUACCCUGCUCUGGACUGUCUCUCCUGCUUUAAGGUAACAGUGGAAGAUGGAAAGGUGUUCAUUACAGCAAAAAAGAAGGACCUGGAAAGCAGCCUGAGGGUGAAGGACACGAGCAGGAGGUGCCUCCUCAACAAGAACACCAUGCUGCUGCUGGGGGGAGGUGUGGCUGCCCUGGUGUGUGCAGAGACUCUUCGCCAGGAGGGCUUCACAGGCAGGAUCAUCAUGGCCACCAACGAGAAGCACGUCCCCUAUGACAAAUCCAAGCUGAGCAAGGAAAUGAACUUGAAAGCUGAGGACGUCUACCUGAGGAAACCUGAAUUCCUCGAGGCUCGGGGCAUAGAGUUCUGGACAGAGAAAGAGGCAGUGUCCGUGGAUUUCCAGAGGCAGGAGGUUCAUUUCAUGGAUGGCUCCUCUCAGAAGUACCACCAGCUGCUGAUUGCAACAGGCAGCCACUCUGGUGUCCUCAAAGUCCCAGGUGCAGACCUGCAGAACAUUUGCACACUCCAAACCCCUGAAGAGUCCAGCAAGAUCUUGGAGCUGGCAACUGGGAAGAACCUGGUGGUUGUGGGAGCUUCAUUCAUAGGGAUGGAGGUGGCUGCCUUCCUCUCAGACAAGGCUGGAAGCAUCUCAGUGGUGGAAAGAGAGGAGUUCCCUUUCCAGCACGCCCUGGGUCCUCAGGUUGGAGGUGUUGCCAUGAGGAUGCUGCAAAAUAAAGGGGUGAAGUUCCACAUGAAAACAGAACUGUGUGAGCUGAAAGGAAAGGAUGGAAAGGUCACAGAGGCUGUCCUUGCCAACGGAGAGAAGCUCCCUGCAGAUGUGGUCGUGGUGGGAAUAGGCUCCAGCCCCAACUCGGCGUUCCUGAAGGGCACCUCCAUUGCCAGGGAUGACAAAGGUGCCAUCCUGGUCAAUCUGCACAUGCAGACCAACAUCCCCAAGGUCUUCGCUGCGGGGGACGUGGUCACCUUCCCAGUGGCUCUGCUGGAUGGGGACAGGUCCAGCAUCCACCACCAACAAGUGGCUGAGGCCCAUGGUCACUGUGCUGCUCUGAACAUGCUGAGGAGAGGGGAGGAGCUGCACACUGUUCCUUACUUCUGGACCACAAUGCUUGGGAAAAGCAUCCGCUAUGCAGGCUGUGGGAAGGGAUACACAGACACUGUUGUGAAGGGCAGCCUGGAGCAAGAGAAAUUCCUGAUCUUUUACAUCAGGGAUGGCCAUGUGACUGCAGCUGCCAGCCUGAACUGUGACCCCAUGGUGUCUCUGAUUGCAGAAGUUUUGUACUUGGGGAAACAAAUCUCCAAAGAAGAAGCAGAGGCCUGUGACAUUGGCAACAUCCCCUCGCUGGCACAAAGCUGAGUUUGGUGUGUGCCCCCUGCCAGGGGCUCACAACCAAGUGCCAACAGCUCCACAUCCUCCCAGCCUGGAGCAAUAAAACCAUCAGCAAAGCUGAAC